UCAACCAGCUCGUGCCAUCAAGGAAAUUCGUUUGAACAUUAGUCAAAGUGUGGAAAAACGCCAAAGUGAUCCAGUUAAAAUUCUCGAAUUCGUGCUAGCUCCGUUGCACCAACUAGUUCUGAAUCUCCUUAAACUAUUUGGAAUCAAGGAUUUAUAUGAAAUGAAGUUCAUCCAUGUCCAAGCCAAUGAACUUCUACGCAUCAUGUGCAAGGAGUUACCAAUUCCAAAAUAUGGAUGGCUUUGGAAAAAAUGGAUGCCAUGGACAAAGAGCAAGACUAAAGGUUCUGAUGCCAUCUUCUAUGCUAUCAAGAAUGGAAUUUUUAAAUUUGUUGAUGAAAUAGCCAAAGAACGACCAAAAGCACUUGUGCGGAGCCUCAGUGGUGAUGAACGUUUUUCAAAUGCAUUAUGGGCAACUAUCUUUCAUCGUCAAGCUAAAAUAUUUAGCCUUAUACGUGGGGUUGAUAAGAAGAAUCAGCUAUCGGCUGGCUGGGAUAAACAAGGCAAUAACAUAUUACACAUGGUGGGGAAGCUGCCACCUUCAACUUUGGUUAAUCGCACCGCUGGUGCAGCUUUUCAAAUGCAAAGAGAACUACAAUGGUAUAAGGCGGUGGAGAGCAUUGUCCCUUCCCAUUUUGAGGAAGAAAAAAAUAAAGAUGGUAAAACUCCUCGAGAAUUGUUUACGGAGAGUCACAAGGAAUUGGUGAUAGAGGGAGAGAAAUGGAUGAAGCGUACAGCAACUUCUUGUACAGUGGUAGGCGCUCUUAUUGUCACCAUUAUGUUUGCUGCAGCCUUUACCGUUCCAGGCGGUAAUAAUCAAAAUACAGGAUACCCAAUAUUCUUGAAGGACAAACUGUUUAUGCUCUUCAUAAUAUCCGAUUCCAUAUCGCUCUUUUCUUCUGCGACCUCAGUCUUAAUGUUUUUGGGAAUUCUUACGUCACGUUACUUAGAAGAAGAUUUCCUGAAAUCCUUGCCAUCAAAGAUGAUAAUAGGUCUUUCCACUCUCUUCUUCUCCAUUGCAACCAUGAUGAUAGCUUUUUCUGCUGCUCUUUUAAUUAUGUUACAUGAAUAUUCAUGGAUUUUCAUUCCAGCCAUUUGUUUGGCAAGUGUUCCUGUUACCCUGUUCGUAUGGAUGCAAUUCCCACUUCUUGUCGAGAUGGCCAUUUCAACUUUCGGACCAGAUGUCGUCAAUAGGAAAAUAAUGAAGCGCUCGAAAUUAUGUAUCUACUUAUCGUCUUUUUGUCCAUGCCUCUCCUAGAAGAAUGCCUAUGGUUAAAAAGAUAAACCCUUAUUGGGGUUCAUUAAUGUUUGACGAACAAUCGGAGGUGGUGAUUUUGUUCUUUUCAUUUUCUUAGAUAGAUGACUGAUGAAUUUUUAG